AUGGCCGAAUUUGCACAGAUGUUGGAUCUACCAUCCUGGUCGAAAUUGCAGAAGCAUCACGAAGAGCUGGGCGUCAACAUUGUCCUAAAAGAGUUUUUCCAAAAAGAUCCGGAACGGUUUCGCAAGCUCUCGCGUACUUUCAAAAAUACUGUUGACGGCUCAGAGAUCCUUUUCGACUUCUCAAAGAAUUUUAUCACAGAAGAAACGAUACAAAUACUCGUUCAAGUUGCUAAAGAUGCCGGGUUAGAAAAACUCCGUGAUGAUAUGUUUGCAGGCGAAAAGAUCAACUUCACGGAAAAGAGGGCGGUCUAUCACGUCGCACUCCGGAAUGUCUCCAACCAGCCAAUGCAGGUGGACGGUAAGAGCGUGGUUGAGGAAGUCAACAGUGUGUUGGACCACAUGAAGGACUUCUCGGAUCAAGUCAGGGAUGGACAAUGGAAAGGCUACACCGGCAAGAAGAUUAAGACCAUUAUCAAUAUUGGCAUCGGAGGCUCAGAUCUAGGUCCCGUCAUGGUCACAGAAGCGCUGAAACCCUACGGCGAUCGCGAUAUGAAGCUGCACUUCGUGUCCAACAUUGAUGGUACCCAUAUGGCAGAAGCACUGAAGGACUCAGACCCGGAAGACACACUCUUCCUGGUCGCUUCAAAAACAUUCACCACGGCCGAGACAGUAACAAAUGCAAAUUCCGCUAAGCAUUGGUUCAUGGAGAAGGCCAAGGAUGAGAAGGCUAUCGCAAAACAUUUCGUCGCUCUCUCGACGAAUGUUGAAGAGGUGACAAAGUUUGGAAUCGACAAGGAAAACAUGUUUGGAUUUGAGAGCUGGGUUGGCGGUCGAUACAGUGUGUGGAGUGCCAUCGGCUUAAGUGUCGCCAUUUAUAUUGGGUUCAAGAAUUUCCAUGACUUUCUUGCCGGAGCCCAUGCAAUGGACAUGCAUUUCAAGAAUACUCCUUUGGAGCAAAAUAUUCCUGUCAUUGGUGGCUUGCUGAGCGUGUGGUACUCUGACUGCUUUGGCGCACAGACACACCUAGUCUCGCCAUUUGAUCAGUACAUGCACCGCUUCCCUGCCUAUCUUCAGCAAUUGUCAAUGGAAUCAAAUGGCAAAGCGAUCACAAGGUCUGGUGAUUACGUCAAAUAUACCACAGGGGCAAUUCUGUUCGGUGAGCCGGCGACCAACGCUCAACACUCAUUUUACCAGCUCCUGCAUCAAGGUACCAAGCUGAUUCCUACCGACUUCAUCCUGGCCGCUGAAAGCCACAACCCAAUCGAAAACAACGUCCAUCAGAAAAUGCUUGCAUCCAAUUUCUUUGCCCAGGCAGAAGCCUUGAUGGUCGGAAAAGACGAGAACCAAGUCAAAGCAGAAGGGGCACCCGACGACCUCGUGCCUCACAAGAAAUUCCUUGGCAAUCGCCCGACAACGUCGAUCCUUGCACAAAAGAUCACGCCAAGCACGCUGGGAGCUUUGAUUGCUUACUACGAGCAUUUCACGUUCACGGAAGGCGCGAUCUGGAACAUCAAUAGCUUCGACCAAUGGGGUGUGGAGCUAGGGAAGAGUUUGGCAAAGAAGAUUCAAGCUGAGCUUGACCAGAGCGGAGAGAACACCACUCACGACAGUAGUACGAGUGGGCUGAUCAACGAGUUCAAGAAGAAGGCAGGGAUUGCAUAG